CAGGUGCGCUGCGCCUGGGCUACGAUGAGGAGCGGCUGGGGCGCUCCGGGUUAGCGAGGUUCGCCCGCCACUAUGGGGCUGCUCGGGCCCCCGCUUCUGGCUCUCCUAGGGCUGGGACUGGGGCUGAGGCUGGCUGGGGCUGGCGAGACGCCGCUGAACUCCAGUUUAGGUCUUCUUGAAUUUUCUUUGGGGAAAUUUAAACACUUCAUGCUCAACAAGCCCUUUACAGAAGCUGUCUUGCAUCACAUUGCCAGCAAUGUCACAUUUAUAAUCUUCCAAGUGCAUUCUCAGUACAAGAAUGUGACCGUCUCUUUCUACAAGGUCUGGAUGGAGAGAGCUUCAGGAACAGGGGUGGACAAAGGACUAGUUUCCAUUCUCAGACCAGAACAGAGCAUUUGUACAUGGUACCUGGGGACUUCCGAAGCUGACAACAUCUGGAGUGUGGCUGUUCCACUUUCUUAUUCAGAAAAGGAUCCUAUCCCUGGAGGCUGUAAUCUGGAGUUUGAUUUUGAUGUGGAUCCUAACAUUUACUUGGAGUAUAAUUUAUAUGAAACAAUGAUCAGAUUUGCCCCAGCAAAUCUAGGAUAUGCCAGAGGCUCAGACCCCAGCCCUUGUGAUGUGGGCACUGGCCAGGACUCCAGGUGGCGGUUGCAGUAUGAUGUCUAUCAGUACUUUUUGCCCGAGAACAACCUCACAGAAGAGGUGCUGCUAAGUCACACACAGAAGAUGACCGUAGUGUCUCAGGUGGAAGCUAAUGGCUUCAAAGUUGCUACUCUAAAAUCUAGUGAGAAGACCAUUGUUUACUUCUCCUCUGUCCCAGGACAGGGUGUAAUUUAUAAUGUUAUUGUACGGGACCCAGUUUUAAAUACAUCGGCUGCUUAUGUUCCUGUUCACACAUAUGCCUGUCACUUCAAUACAGUCCUAGAUAAUUGUUCUUCUCUUGGAAGGCUUUCAACCAAAGUGUUUUUCACUAUUUUUGCUGUCCUUGGUCUCUUCAUUUGUUUCUUCGGACACAGAUUCUGGAAAACAGAACUAUUCUUCAUAGGAUUUAUCAUCGUGGGAUUCUUUUUUUAUAUACUGAUUACAAGAUUAACUCUUCUUCAGUAUGAUGAUCGCCUGGUUCUGACCGCAGUUGCUGGAGGCCUUGGCGGGAUUCUCCUGGUCCUGGUUUGGUGGAGAUUUGGGUUGAUCCUCAUUUGCAUGCUCUGUGUUGGACUGGUCCUGGGAUUCCUCGCCUCAUCUGUGGCUUUCUUUACUCCUCUAGGAGACUUGAAGAUUUUUCAUGACGAUGCUGUGUUCUGGGUGGCUUUUUCUUGCAUGGCCAUUGCGAUUCCGGUACUUUUCAUAGGUUGCCUAAGAAUUCUGAAUAUACUGGCUUGUGGAAUAACAGGCUCCUACUCUGUGGUCCUAGCUAUCGACAGCUAUUUUUAUACCAGCCUUUCCUACAUCACUUUGAACAUACUCAAGAGAGCAGUCAAUACCCAUUUCAACAGAGCUUACACCAAGGUGCCUUUUCAAACUAACGAUUUUGUCAUUCUGGCCACUUGGGGCAUGCUGGCUGUGAGCGGGAUCACAGUCCAGAUCCGGAGAGAAAGGGGACGGCCAUUUUUCCCUCCCCAUCCCUACAAGAUGUGGAAGCGAGAGCGAGAGCGGAGAGUCACCAACAUCCUGGACCCCAGCUACCAUGUGCGGCCGCUGAGAGAGAGACUGGCCAGCCGCUUGGCCGAAUUCCGGCAGCUCUUUCAGCCGGAGGAAGUGGCAGCGGGAGAGAGGACGCCGUUGCUGCUGUGAUGUGGGACACGAUGCCUCCCGUGGCUGCUCCCUGCUGUGCUACGGCCCCCACGGCCUGAGAAAUCCAGCCUCUCAGGGACAGACAGACAUCCUGCUUGCCCGUUGCCUCGGGGCUUGUUCCGGAGCCUUUGGCUCAUCCUGUUGCUAAGUGUGGAAUGAGAGAAGGCAGGAAAUGGCUAUAUUUGAUGGCAAGGAAACAUUUUCCCAUUUUCAGUGAUCUGAAGAGAGCAGUUUAAUGUUCAACUUAAUCCAUUUAAUGUAAGCACUGAGGAAGGAGAAUUAGGUGUGGAGUGGACAAACGGAGGCUCCAGCUCAUUGUCCUGUCACUCUUGAAAUCCUUCCUCUCCCCACCCUUCUAGUGUUUUUUAUUUGUCUAAUUAUGGUGGUGGUAUAUGGAAAGCUCAUGCAGGGGAUGGGCCGGAGACCCGACAGUGCACUUGCUGCCAGGUGAGCACGAAUGGUCCUGAGUACACUCUGAAUUUGAGAGAAUAGAGAGAGAUGAAGAAUGGCUCCUUUAAUUAUCUAUCAUCAGCCGACCCAGUCUCCUUUCUCUUUCUUAGACCUCUGUAUCCUUUCUUAUUAGAUAACGUUUUAGAAAAGGCAUCCUUUGUUUAUUUUGUGGCUUAAGUUAGAAUGAUCAUCUCUGAGACUCAGAGGCAAGCAAUUAUAGAUAAUGAAGGAUGGUGACUAAUUUAGUUUCCAAAUCCAAAUAAACGGCCAUUUUUGCCUUUCUCUGGGCAUUUCCAACAAAACACUAAAAUAAACCUCUAACAUGUUGUUUGGGAAUAGGUUAACUUGCAUUUUUCUUUUAGAAAAGAAUUUACUCAGCUUUCGUUUUCUGUUCUAAAAAUUCAAACCGAACCAAGUGAUUUUUGUAAGGUGACUUUUAUUUGCUGGCAUCACUUGCCUGACAGUGUCUUCCUGGAGGCUCUCGCUGCCUGGGUGGUCAAAAGCAAAUUUAGUGGAGAGGAGGGGAAAGAUGUGGCUCAUUUUAAUGAAGAUCAUUCUCAUUGGGACACAACCAACUUUAAAUUUUAUUCCUUUGUAAUCUGACUUUUUUUUUUUUUUUAAGCACCAGAAAGCCCUGUGUCCUGGACUGCAUUUUCUCUAACUCCUAGCAGGCCUCUUGCCCCAGUUCUGCCAUAAUAAUGGACGGGAGACUGGCUCACCGGGAUGUUUUUCAAAUUAGUUGAAAUUUCUUGCACAAGAUUAUAUAUGGGUUAACCACUGAUGCUGGAAGCAGUGCAGCCAUCAUCAGUUUUCUUAGUUUCAUCCUUGAGAUAUUUGGAAUCUCUUAUUGGAUAGUCUUGUUUGAUUUUGAACCUUGGAAAAAUAGUCUUGGAAAAUAAGAGAAAACCCUGAGUUUUUUGUACUAAUCACCUCUACUGCACAAUGUUGUUCUUCUCUUUCAUACCUCCCACCCCCCCUUCCUGUGGCCUUUUGUGGGCUUAAACGAACAUCAUUUAGAUAGAGGAUUGUAAAAGCUUUUACAGGCCCCAAUAACCCUUUAGACUGGGAAAGCCUCUCCUCCCCUCCUUUUUCACAUUGAGCUCGGGACAGUGCCUGUGCCUCUGGAUGCAUUUCCACUCCUCAUAUUUAUUUGUAAAGUUAAGGUUUGUUGCUAGCCAGGAAUUAUAAAGGUAGCACACUCAAAGAAGAAAAUACAAUUUGUUUAACUUUUCCAAUAUUUUGUGAAUUAUCAAAAGCAGAAAUUUGUAUAUCUUUUUAUAAUAAAUAUACAUUUCUGAAAACUUUUCUCCAGGUACUUUACUUUAUCUAGUUCCAUUUUUGGAAGUAAAAAAAAAAGAAUAAAGCAUGUUCCUUACUUAA